AGGGAAGAAAGCGGGAGGGUAGCAACAGUUGCCCCGGUGAGGACGAAGCGCCAUAGCCACGGUAGUCCUGGCGACAAGAACCAAGCAACGAGAAUCAACAACAACAACCUGAAUCUUAAAAAAUAUAAACUCUCAAAUUACAGAGGGAAACCACGGGAAAUUGGAGCGCAGCGUCUCGGCCGCGGUGAUGGCGACUUCAGGCUACGUGGAGGAUCUGCAGCAACCCUCACAGCCACAAGGGGGCAGCGUGACCAUGGCGCCCGGGCAGCACCCUGCUCCACCCCCUGCUCCGCCUUCCGCCCCUCCGCAGUUCCUUGUGGAGCUGCAGACCAACGCCGCCGCCGCCGCCACCCCCCCUCCCACGUCAACCACGCCCCCUGCCUCAGCCCCUCCCCAGCAAGUGCAGAAGAACGCGGGGGUAUUGGCCAUGCCCACGCAGCCCCCUCCCACCCAGUACGUCACCGCGGAGAUCCAGAGCGUGGCCGCGCAGCCCAGCAACGGCCAGAGCACGCCCCAGUACAUAGUGGUCACGGUCACAGAGGGUUCCCUGCACUCCAAUGACUCUGUGUCGGACUCCAGCCCCCCCCCAGCAGGGGUUCAGACGGGGGUCCCCACUCAGGUAGUGCAGCAGGUUCAGACGGCCCAGCAGAGGUCUGUGGUGCAGGCGGUGUCCCAGGCAGCCAAGACCGCACAGAGCGCCCCCCCACUGACCGUCACCAACCUGCAGCCCGUUCAUCUCAGCCAGGAGGUGCAGCAGCAGCUGCAGCAGGUGCCAGUGCAGCAUGUGUACUCCAGCCAGGUGCAGUAUGUGGAGGGUGGAGAUGCAAACUACACCACCAGCACCAUACGCUCCGGCAGCUACACUUACUCCGACAGCCCUCUCUACACCCAGACGGCUUCCGGCUCUUACUACGAGGCCACGCCCGCCUCGGCGUCCCAGGUGACCACGCCCGUCACCUCUCAGACCGUGGCGGUGAGCGCGGGAGGGGCGCCGGUCUCCAUGUUCCUGUCGGGGGCGGGGCAGAUCGUGGCCAGCAGCACCUCGGGCACCAGCGGCGGGGGCACCCCCCCUUCCGUGGCCCCGGCGGGGGGGGGCAGCGGCGGGAGCGGGGGCAGCUACGUCAUCCAGGGUGGGUACAUGCUGGGGGUCAGCAACGCCAACCAGAGCUACUCGCACAACACCCGCGCGUCACCCGCUACUGUGCAGUGGCUGCUGGAGAACUACGAGACGGCGGAGGGCGUGAGCCUGCCGCGCUCCACGCUGUACUGCCACUACCUGCUGCACUGCCAGGAGCAGAAGCUGGAGCCCGUCAACGCCGCGUCCUUCGGCAAGCUGAUCCGCUCCGUGUUCAUGGGCCUGCGGACGCGCCGGCUCGGCACGCGGGGGAACUCCAAGUACCACUACUACGGCCUGAGGAUCAAAGCCAGCUCCUCCCUGCUCAGACUGAUGGAGGACCAGCAGCACCUGGCCAUGAGGCAGCAGCCUUUCUCUCAGAAACAGAGGUUAAAGCCUGUGCAUAAAGUGGAGGGGAUGACCAAUGGGAUGAGCCUGGGGGCGGGGCAGCAGCAGGCGGGGCUCGCGGACAUCAGCGCCCAGGUGCAGCAGUACCAGCAGUUUUUGGACGCCUCUCGCACCCUGCCCGAGUUCCCCGAGAUCGACCUCCAGGACAAAGCACUGCCUGAUGGGAUAGCGAUGGAGCACAUCAAGGGCUUUCAGGUGCUCUACCGGGAACACUGCGAGGCCAUCCUGGACGUGAUGAUCAACCUGCAGUUCACUCUGGUGGAGACGCUGUGGAAGUCCUUCUGGAGGUUCAGCGAGAGCCAAUCGAGCGAGUCCGACUCGCUGGGCGUCCACGACGAGUCGGAGAAGCGGCUGCCCAAGUCGUGCCUGGUGCUGCUGUGCAAGUACGAGCCGGUGCUGUGCUGGAGCAAAGACUGCGACAACACGCUGUACCAGGGCCUGGUGGAGAUCCUCAUCCCCGACGUGCUGCGCCCCAUCCCCAGUGCCUUAACUCAAGCCAUCCGCAACUUCGCCAAGAGCCUGGAGAGCUGGCUCACCAACGCCAUGAUGAACAUUCCCGAGGAGAUGGUCCGCAUCAAGGUGACCUCGGCCAGCGCGUUUGCGCAGACGCUGCGGCGCUACACCUCGCUCAACCACCUGGCCCAGGCGGCGCGCGCCGUCCUGCAGAACACGGCGCAGAUCAGCCAGAUGCUGAGCGACCUGAACCGCGUCGACUUCGCCAACGUGCAGGAGCAGGCCUCGUGGGUGUGCCGCUGUGAGGACCGGGUGGUGCAGCGGUUAGAGCAGGACUUCAAGCUGACGCUGCAGCAGCAGAACUCUCUGGAGCAGUGGGCCGCCUGGCUGGAGGGGGUGGUCUCCCAGGUCCUAAAGCCCUACCAGGCCAGCACCUCCUUCCCCAAAGCUGCCAAGCUCUUCCUGCUCAAGUGGUCCUUCUACAGCUCCAUGGUGAUCAGAGACCUGACCCUGCGCAGCGCCGCGAGCUUUGGCUCCUUCCACCUGAUCCGGCUGCUGUACGAUGAGUACAUGUACUACCUGAUAGAGCACCGCGUGGCGCAGGCCAAGGGGGAGACGCCCAUCGCCGUCAUGGGAGAGGUACUGUCCCCACGGCAACGCCAGGCAUCCCCCUAACUGUCUGAAUAUAGAGCCUGUCUGGAAUCACCUGCCAGUCAGACAGUACUGAAUCACCUGCCAGGCAGACAGUACUGAAUCGCCUGCCAGGCAGACAGUACUGAA